AUGGCAAAAACCAAAGGCUUAGUCUCGCUACAAAAACGAUUAUUGUCUGAUAUCUCUAAUUCUAAAGUGGCUAGUAAAAUUGGUAAAAUUGAUCAGGGAAUCAACUGGAUUGGAGAUAUAGUUUGCAACGAGAAAGUACUAAUUGUAUUGGAUGAUGUCGAUGAGUGCAACCAAAUCCAAAAUCUGGUCGGAGUGAAUUCUUUGUAUCCUGGUACAAGGAUUCUUGUUACCACUAGGGACAAAAGGGUUCUGAAUAUGGGGGAAUUUAAGUAUCAAAUCUUGCACUACGAAAUGGAGUCAUUGAGCCACCAAGAUGCACUUCAACUGUUUAGUAGACAUGCCUUUGAUGACGAUGCUCCUCUAGGUAAUUACUACACCCUUUCAAGAGGCUUUGUGUCUACUACGGGUGGACUACCUUUAGCUCUUCUAGCAAUAGAAGUGGAUCAAAAACAGAUAUUUCUUGAUAUUGCGUGCUUUUUCAUCAGUCAUAAUAAGAUCGGUCCAAUCUCCUUGUGGAAAGAUUAUGGGUUUAGGGCAGAGGAUGCUAUUAAGGUCCUUCAGAACAUGAGCAUGAUAAAGGUUUUAGAUGAUAAUAGCUUUUGGAUGCAUGAUCAGUUUAGAUAUUUUGGAAGGGAAAUUGCUGAGCAAGAGCAUACCUGGUUUUGGGAUGAAUUGCGGGAUGAAGAAGACAUCACUUACAAAUUAAGAUGGACAAAGAUCAAGGGAAGCGUUCGAGCACUCUAUUUGAGAGCGGAGGUUGGCAACCCGAUAACUGUCACUGUGGAGCAAAUUAAACAGUUUCCGCAUUUGCAGCUUCUUUGGUUAAGCAAUGUAAUUUGCCGAGGCGACUUGACGGGCUGUCUCUCCGAACUGAAAUGGAUCAGUUUGGAUUACUCUCGUACACCCAAACAUUAUCAAGGUUUUGAGGCAACCAAUUUGCCCGUAGAAAACGUGGUUGGGAUGGAGCUUUUUGGCCAUGAGUUCACAGUAGAUAAGGUCAGGAGCUUAACCAGGGAGGUGUUGCCUGGUGGAGCACUAAUUCUUGUAGAAAUGGAUGGACAAGAGUUGCCAAAGCCUGUAAAUGCUGAUGUUGUCAAGAAGUACCAAAGGAUCCUUAAGGAAGACAUCACCUAUCCUCAAGAGAUCAACCUCAAGAGAAUAAAUCCCUAA